AUGGGGUUUGAACAGAUACAGUUUGGGGAUACUCUCCUUAAGGAAAAGAAAGUGAACAUAGGGCUUGAGCUCUCCAAGGCUUUGGAAGGGGUUGAUGCAGCAAUAGAAGUUAACUUAGGCAUGGCUGAUGCUGAGACACGGAUUCCUGUUCCAGGGAUGCAAAGGAAGACGCCAGUUCUGCACCUCUCAGCAAAUCCCUGCAUCCCUGAUGGCUAUAGAGGAACGCGGACACUCGGGACGGGUAGAGAGAGGCCCAAACUGGCAGCAGGGUUCAAGGGCGUGCCCGCCUCCGGGCGGAAUCGCGGCGCCCAGAGCAGUGGAGGUCGGCGUACGGCAGAGGGCGCAGAGGAACUGCUCCGUCUGCCCGGAGCCCAGGCUCCCCGGCCCUGGAGCACCCUCCUCCCACCCGGCCGCCUCCGCGCCCCACCGCCGAAUCGCUGGCUCAGCCUCCGAGCGAGUGUGGGCACCGUCAGGAAGCACCUUCCCAGGCCACCCCGCAGCUAUCAUCUGCCCCCUUAUCCGGCCGCAGCCCAUUUUCCGGUCAACCUAGUCCCUGGUCUACAGGCAGUCCCGGACGCGCCACACCCUCCACAGGCCAUCCCUCUCCUCCCGCAGUUCCUUCCUUUCCAGCUCCUUCCCAAGUGCUCAGUCAGGGACAUCUGCUCUGCCGCGGUUGCACCUUCAGGGAGGAAUAUUUUUAACACUGUGAUGCCACAAAAGGAAACUUCUGAAGGCUGGAUGAAAAUGGCCUCUGCAUUCACAGUGCCUCAGGGCCCAGAUGCCCAGAGCCUAUGGGACAAGAAAGAAGGAGAAUCCAGGGACAAGAAAGAAAGAGUGUAUUGGAGUAGCACUCUCUCCUGGAGGUGGUGGUGACUGAAUGUGAGGCCUCUCUCAGAGGGGGCUACAUCUCCAGGGAAUCUUGGAGAGAGGAAUUCCCAAGCCAGAGGCCACGUGUGACCUGCAGAUGUUUUUGGUUUUGGUCAACAUCAUGGUAACCUCAAGAGUUUUGUAAGAAAAAAAAAAAGAAGAUUUUACAUAAAAAUUUAGAUUUCUGGCUUAUUUUAGAAAAUGGAAGAACUGAAAAGUACUGGCCACACAUUCCUACUAAGAACUGGUUGAGUUAAGUGUUAUCGCCCUCUUUAAAAGAAACCUUUGUUCGCUGGUUUGCUGCAGGCCCUACCAGUCCUUGUUGCUCCCUGUCAUUAUCUCUGGCCUCCUCCUUCCAGUUAUGCCACUGCCUGGCUCCUGUAGCAUCUGAGCUUGUGACCUUUGACUUCAUCCAAAGAAAUUACACAGUAAUAGGAGCACAGAGAACCAUGAAGGCAAUAUUUCUGGGCAGAGGAGCAUCUCCUUGUUCUUAACAUCAUUCCAUUUGGGAGCCACCCUUCCUGGGAGAAGUGAAUGUUGCUACACAGCCUUGUGUGGAGCAUGUAGACUGCCAAAGGAUUUGGAAAAAAGUUCAUAAAGAUCUGCCAGCUCCCUGCCCCCACAGCCUGCCCCCUCCAGCAUCAGUAGUUGACCAUUUCAUCCUCAUCACCAGUGAGUUCAGGCCCCGAUUGCUCAUUCUCUGUGACCCAGGAUAGAGUCACCUUUGUGCCUGAGCCCAGCCUGACCUUGCAGCCGGUCCCAUUAUUAGGGCCCUUUGCUCUGUGCCAGCUGAUCACCGAGUCUGGGGCUGCCCCUCACCUGAGUGCCUGCCUUGGCUUCCUACCAGCCCUGCAUUGCUCUGGGGACUGAGUUCUGCCCUGCCUUCCCAGGCAAGGUCCCUAGAACACCCGGUGCUGCC